AUGUCUCUUGUUGCGGAUUAUAGUUCAGAUGUUUAUAGUAGUGGAGAAGAAGAGGAAAAAACGACCACAACAAGUAAAAACGAACUUUCUUCAUUACUUCCACCACCAAAAAAAAAGAAAGAUGGUCCUGUAAAAAUAGUGAUUGAUUUACCUUCUUUCACCAAAGACGAAGAAAGUGAAGAAGACGAAAAAAAAACUAUAAAAAAUAAUGGCAGGGGUGGUAGUGAUCUACUUUCUUUAUUACCUGCACCAAAAAAUUUAAUUAAAGAUAAAGCAUCAAAUAAGCCAAAUCUUGCCAGUGUAAAACUUAAUGUCUCAUCAACAAUUGAAAAUUCUAAUAUAUUAAAAACUGAUUCUUCUACUACUACUUUCUCUCCUUCUUCCCAUCUUAAUCCAAAAUCGUUAUCAAAUGAAUUUUUGUCUAAUGAACAUUAUAGUUAUAAUAAUUGGGAAGGAAGUAGCACUAGUGGCAGAAGAGGAAAAGAAGGCCCGAUCAAAAUCAAAGAAAUCAAUGCAGCAGACCAAAUGGCAGAUGCAUGGCAAACACAAAUGGCAGAUAUAACAAAACCUUCAAAAGGAACUGGAAGUGGCCACUCAAAUUUGAAGCCAAGUAAGGUACAAAAAAGAAAACACAAUUUAAUGUAUUUGGCAUAUCAAGCAACUUCAAUGGAAAAUGAUUUAAAGGAACAAUUUGCAACUAAUAAAAAAACAAAGAGGGAAACUCAAGCAAAAUACGGUAAUAAUAUUGACUAUGUGAUAAAUAAUAUUGCUGGAACUCGUGAUGCCGAUACUUUUCAUGAUUUGACUUCUAUUCCACUUUCCACUAUAUACAAAUACAUCAAAAAUCUCAAAGAUGAUAUUCCUUUGGACCCUCUAUCCCGAUCUGGCAGGCCAAAGAAAUUUUCUCCUAAACAACGUCGUCAUCUCGGUCAACUCAUCUCAGCAAAUAAAUUCUCUACAAGCACUGAACUCACAAAUAUUUUAAAUGCUCAUCAUCCUGAUCUAAAUGUCAGUAAUCGGACAGUGCUCAAUGAGCUUCAUAACAUGCAAUAUCGCAGUAUAGUUGCAAAAUCUAUCCCUCUUCUUACAGCCAGUCACAAACAAAAUCGAGUAACAUUUGCCGUAAAAUACAAGAAACAAAACUGGAACAAGGUUAUUUUUUCUGAUGAAACUACGUUCCGAAAUACUCAAGAGGUGUUUUAUAAGGUCGGCACACAGCCUCCAAGUAAAGCUAUGGUAAAACACCCAUAUAAAAUUCAUGCAUGGGGUGCCUUUUCAGUAAAAGGAUUGGAGGAUGCAAUUGCAAGUAAUGGUAAUAAGAUAAACUAUUGA